AUGUGUAUUCUUAUUGCUUCAACUCUUCAUCCAGACUACUCUUUAAUCCUACUUUCCAACAGAGAUGAGUAUCUGAAAAGGCCGACCAGCAAAGCCCGGUUUUGGGACCCUCCUCAUGAUAACAUCUUAGGACCCUUUGAUCUUGCUCGUCCGGAACAUGGAACAUGGAUUGGUAUCACCAAGCAAGGCCGUUUGGCUGUUCUUCUAAAUUUCCACGAACCAGCCAGUCAAAACCACAAGGGUGCCAUAUCAAGAGGCCUGUUUCCUCGCGAGUUCUUAGAGUCUGACAUGGAUCCUGAGGAAUGGAUCAACAGACAGCAGACAAAAUAUGGAGAGGCUUUGACAAACACGGGCGGCUUUACCAUGUUUUGUGGUGUUCUUCGACGUCGCUUUGAUGCAAAUUGCAAAGAAGUAGGAAUUAGGCCCUUUCACCUAUUAUCUAACCGAGGAGGAGAUGCUGGCGUUCAUUUGUUUUCUGAACAACCAAAGCCGUUAAACGGCCAUGCAAAAAGUGCCACUUCUGUUCCUCCUUCGCCACUAACAAAACCAGCCACCGAAGAAACUCUAACUAACAAAUGUGGCGGUGAGACCGAGCUUGACCCCACUAAGCCUGACCCCACCGAGGUUGAUGAUGAUGGUGCUAUAUGUGGCAAGACAAUAGGAAUUUCCAAUAGCCAAGUGACCCAGCCAUGGCCCAAAGUCAAGCUUGGUGUUUCGUCACUUGAGAAGCUUAUCAAAGAAGUUUCAGAGACCAAGCUUCCGGAACAUGAACUUGUGUCGAAGCUUAUCUGCCUCAUGAACACUGACACUUAUCCACGCGAAAACAUAGCAAAAAACGAGAAUUCUGAUAGAAUGGCGAUUGGAACCAUUGCAAGCUACAAGGGCUCGUCAGGUCAUCAAGUCGUUGACCUCGACAAAAUCUUUUACAAUCUCCGAUAUUCUGUAUUUGUGCCCACAAUUAAUUUGAAAACAGUGGGUGGUAAUCAGGACGAAUCCUCUACACAAUCAACUACGGCGGCCGGUGCGACGGAUGACGAUGGAGUACAUUACGGCACGCGUACAAACACAAUCAUUCUGGUUUCCCAUACUGGCCAUGUCAAGUACAUUGAGCGCACGUUGCACUCAGAAGAUACUCUCAUAGAAAAAGAUGGUGUACAGGAAUCCGUUUUUGAGUUUGAUAUUGAAGGAUUUUGA